AUGCUUUCGGUCACACCAGCACAAAGAGAACAAAUAAAGCAAAUAAAACAACAGAGCCGUGAUAAAGAACUCCAUUGGCUUGUGGAGCUGGUUGUCCAACCUGAACUUCCUCAACUUAUCGAGGCCCUCCAGAUCUGCUCCAACCUCAUACUAUAUAACUCUCCCCAAAGCCCAGAUGAAUCAAAACAUAUCGAGAAAGGUCCUGCUGUUACGCUACCGGUAUCUUCAGCAAAGCUGGAGGCUGUCAAGGGAAUUUUAGUUAGAGACGGUGCUCAUAUCACGAAAAUGAGUGUUGCAAUCAAGGAGAAACAUUUCAACAGGUCGGUGCAUCACAUCAAGCUUGCCAAACCUAUCAUACUUUCUCAGAUAAUGGCAGCAAAGAAGUCAAUUGAGCAGUCUAUGACGCUAAUAGUCCAGGCUGAGUCCAUCUUUGAUGAUAAUCUGUUGGAACAGUGCCAGGAGACACACCGUGUCAAGCACGAGCUGCUCUUAGACUUGUUCAAUAGUCUACUACAGGAGCUUCAAGUUGCUAAGAAAUCUUUACAGCUUCCUACAGAUCCGGAUCUUGUUUUUCCACUGCACGUUACUCCCUCCAGUCAUUUCGAUCCUCCACUCAGUCCCAACAUCGCCCUUGAUCUCUACAUCUCACAAGCAGAAGUGUGCCUUGAUCUUAAAGACCUUUUUAUCGUCACUGAGAAGCCGUGGUGUGAAAUCGACCAAGAGACAGGUAAGUCUUACGUUGAUAAGGUGAGAGAUCGCAUGUCUGAAGGAAAGAGUGAUGAAACAGACCACCAGAAAAAAGACAAAGACAAGGAAGGUGUGUUUAGCAACGUUUUUGGACAUUUACUGCUUCGUCCUAAAUAUGACGCCCAGGACUAUAUCACAAGAUGUAUAACGUACAACAACCAGGUGGUUGUCGUGGACAGGAAGCUAGAAGUGUCGUCAGCAGAUCCAGUCUUGGUUAGUGCAUUCACGAAGCUUGACUCAGUCGAGUACAUUGUUUCAAGCUUCAUGGAUAACAUCAAGAAAUUGAUGUAA